AUGAACCUGCUCAUGUGUUUGUGUGUUGUGCUGGUGGACCUUGUGACAGUUCACAGCCACGUGCUCAUGCAGGGCCGUAUAGUAGGUGGUUACACCGCUGCUCCAAACUCCAUCAAAUACAUUGUGUCACUGCAGAGCACGAGGGGCCAACACUUCUGCGGUGGAUCACUGGUUCACAGGUACUGGGUGCUCACUGCAGCACACUGUAACAUCGGGGCAGAGCACAUGAUGAUAGUGGCGGGCGACUACAUAGUAAAUACCUUCGAGGGCACUGAGCAGUAUGCUAAACCCCACAGGCUGGUCACCCAUCCCCUCUACAACAGGAGCACCAACGACGCUGACAUCAUGCUCAUUAAGCUGCGGGCCCCCAUGGUGCUGAACAAAUACGUGUCGCUGGCACCUCUUCCCAGGCAGGGGACAGGUGUUGUCGAAGGCCGGGUGUGUCGUGUGUCUGGGUGGGGAUACAACAGUCUGGGUGGAGGACAGGCCCGCUUCACCCUGAGGACAGUCACAGUGCCCAUUGUGUCAACUGCGAGAUGUAACAGCAGUGAGUCCUUUAAUGGCAACAUCACAGCAAACAUGAUCUGUGCUGGCUACAGGACUGGAGGAAAAGAUGCAUGCAAGGGUGACUCUGGCGGGCCACUGGUGUGCGGGGGGCGUGUCAAUGGCGUGGUCUCCUGGGGCAACGGCUGCGGGGAUGCUAAGUUUCCAGGAGUCUACACGGCGGUGUCCAAAUUCCGCCGAUGGAUAGACCACACCAUCUACGGGUCCUACUUACGCUGCACCAGAUACUGAAGGAAGUGAUAAAAACUAAGAUGAUGAAAGUAACCAUUUGUGCCUGGAAAUGUUUGAGCGGGCCUGGAACAAAGGUGGCUCUGUGGAAAGUAUGCAGAGCUUAUCAACCACUAAGAUAGAUAGAUAGUCUUUGCUGUCCCAGAGGCAGAUUUGUUUUCACAUUCAGUACUGCUCUGAUUAUUCUGAUAAUGUUUUGAAUAAUGGUGAUCCAUCUCGUAUUCUCAGAUUAUCUGGCUGUGAACAUUGGUCUCUGCCAGCUACAGUAAUUGUGGGAUCGACUACACUACCAACAGGGCACUUUUUACUGUACAUUUAAUUCUAGUGAAGUGAAGUUAAUAACUUUGCGACAAUAAAUAUUCAAAUUUUGAGAUGUGUCAAAAUUAAAUGGUGAAUGUCUAUUAAUUUUGGUUCUAGGUGAUUUUGAAUCCGUGCAUCAUUAAGGCCCCAACAACCUUUUUUUUUUUUUCAGUCAAUUUAUAACUUUCAGUUGAGCAGUGGAGUCAUACAUGAACACACACACAUGAAUCCAACAUCAAUCCAACACACACACAAACACACACAAAAGGUGAGAACAGGUUUUGUUAGGUCACACCAGGAAGAUUUCUCAAGCCUAUUUGUCUUUUUCUUUUUUCUUUUUUUUGUCUUUGCUCUUCUCACUGAUUUGAAGUGGACAGGGCUCGUUUGGAAAAACUGUGUCACAAACUUCCAUACACCAAUCAGAAUUUGGCAGCAUUUGAAUCAAAAUAUGAGACGUCAAUUUAUUUUUCCCAGCUGCUGUCACUCAAACUUGAUCAAUCACCUGCAUGCAAGCGCACAUCACUGGUGGACUUUGUAAUGUGAAUGCUGCUUAGCUGAAGAUCAUCGCAAAGAAAGAUCAAACACUUGCAGCCAUGAUCCACAGUUGUAAAAUCCUGUCUGGGUAUUACAAACCACCAUGCUGUGUUUUGGCAUCUAUAAGCUGUGAAACACGUAAAUGUGUUCCCCCCAUGGAUGUAUAUAGAGAGCUGGAUAUGGUGCCAUCUCACUGCCAAUUUGUCCCAGUGGCCACCUACAACUACAAUCAAGGCUGGUUAUUAUUUAUGAAUAUUCAAUCCAUGGAGGUUUUAUAUUUACAAUAACAUUUACCCAUAUGGAAGAUGCUUUUAUCCGAAGCAACUUACAAGUGAGGGACAACAUUCAAGAUUCAGUGCAGUAGGAGAACUUGGAGUAAGCACUAUGUACUACAUCUAUUCAAUAAGUGCAAGGUAAAGAAGUGCAUAGUAAGUGCUAGUUAAGCAUGUCAGGCUGUUAGAGGUGUUGAGAGAGGAGGUGCUCUCGGAAGGGAUGAUUCUUCAAGAGAUUCUUUGGUAGCUUGUUCCACCAUCAGGGAACCACAGACGAGAACAGUAAGAACUGUGAUUGCUUUGUGUGUAAGGAUGGCAGUACCAGACGACAUUCCUUGGAGGGAUGCAAUUGCCGAGAAGGAGCAAAAGGCUGUAUGAUUGCGUCCAGGUAGAUAAGCGUAGACCCAGAAACCACUCUGAAGGCAAGCAUUAGUUAGUUGAACUUGAUUCAGGUGGCCAUGGGUAGCCGGUGGAGGUCAAUGGGUAGCCGAGUGACAUGUGUCCUUUAUAGGUUGAUCCAAAACCAGUCGCACCGCCACAUUCUGGACCAUCUGUAAGGGUUUCACUGUACAUGAAGGGUAUUGCAGCAGGCGAGGCGAGAGAUAACCAUGGUCCUUGCCGAGAGUUUGGUGGAGUACUGAGUCAAGUGCGGUCUGAUUUUUAUGUUUUAUAGUGAAAAGCAGAGCGACCAGAAAACAGGAACAGCCAGAAGAGCUCUCCCUGUUGAUCUGAAGCUUUGGCCCCUAUUGGCUCAUAGGGGAGGAGCAAUAGCAGUCAGUGAUCAGGUAAAUCUUAAAAUCACUUCUAAAACGGAGUGGUCACCUGUGAAGGGAGGCCAGAACAUGGUUAAUGUGAUCUUGUCUGUUUGAAUUUGUUGAGCAGUUGCAUUUAAGGCGUGAGAUUGAUUUUUGGCUUAAGACAGAAUUAUACUUCUAAUAAAUAAUGGCAAGCAAUGUUUUUUUCUCUGAACGUCAACUUUGUUUGUUGCUUUUUCACUCAUUAAUAUUGAAUUCUAUAAAGACAUAUUUGAAGCCAAGUUUUCAGGGGCUAUAACCAACCAUGGCAAGAUUCAAGCACAUCCAUUAUCAAGUAAUACAGCAGGUAAUUUAAAGUUGCUACUCUCCAUUUGUGCUACGCUUACAAUAGCAUUAACAUGGUCGCGUAAUUAUCACUUGUAGCUGCAAUGGCCACUGUGCAGAAGUUACAUGGUGUUGCUUUAAAAAGGUAUGAUAGUCUGAAACAAAAAACAACACAGGAAUCAGUUCUGAUGAGAAUAUAACCACAUACAGUGAAACAAUAUUUGUGAAACUCAGAGUUGUUGCUGAGAUGUUCUGAUAUGAAAGAUGAGUCUCUAUCAUGGCUUCUAAAAGUCCCCACGGAGUAGGUGUGUCGCGACUGCACCUCCUUUAUGAAUAGCUGACAGCAUAUUAAAGUUAGUCCUACGUCAGGCUUGGAUAUCACCUUUCAUUUCAUUGUCUGUGUAAUGAUAUUUGAUUAAGUCCUCCUGAGAAAGCAUAGUCUACAUGUCAAGAUUUAUAUCCUUUACUGUAUAUCUGUUUUGUAAUACCAUCGCUUUGUGCUGCUGCUCCUAUAGAAGACAGAUUUGUGUAAACAGUACAGACAGCAGUGGGUGGUAAGCCCAGUGAGAAUUUGCUGCAACCUAAAGACGAUCCCAGGGGCCUUCGUUUAACAAAGCAAACCAGUUUUCAUGCAACCCUCUGAUCUUGUAACUUUGCACCUAGUGUGAUCACAAAACACCAAAAUGUUUUCAAACUGGAUCCUACAAGGUCUGAGGAGACAGUAAGGUCAUUUAAGGAAAACCAGAAUUCAUAAAAAAAUCAGUUUUUUCUUGGUUUGUGUAUUUGUAUUCUGCCAUAUUUAGGAAUCUGAUUAAGGAUCGAACUGUGUUUUCUGUGUCUUUUAAAAAAAAAUCUCAUCUGGAUAAUUUACUGAAUAAAACCUUGUUAUAUGAAAAAAACACCUGUUCCAGGUGACAACCCCCAUCUAACCCUCCCAAAUGGUAGAAAUCGUAGCGAAAACAGCGCAGGCCCCCAAGAUUGAGCUCGAAAUGCGCCAUUGGGCCCCAAAGUCACAUCCCAGUCUAUGAAAAUACUGCCAUCCUCC